AUGGGAUCUUUUGCUGGACAUGCAGUUCCAGGGACACUGUUUCUUAUGGUUGGAGCAUGGCAUAUAUGGAGCACAGUGGUUCGUUAUGCAGCAGACCCAAAAUCAUUUCGUGUAAGAAUGUGGAACCCUGUUCCAGGUUUUAAUGGGAAAUUGAAGUACUUGGAGCUCUAUGUUAUAGCAGUCGGAGCUUUUAUUGAUAUGUGUAUAGAGCUUUUAUAUUCAACGCACCUUAAGUUCUUUGUUAAUGGUGUCUUGAACCCACAUCACAUGAAUGACUUUGAACAUGGAGGCAUGCUUCUCAUGUUCUUCCUCUUCAGUAUUGUUGCUUUGCUCUCUGAAAAAACCAGCUUCCUGCCUUUACCAGAAGGCGCCCUGUGCUUAAUAUCAGCAGCAGCAUUCUGUGCAGAGUACCUUUUAUUCUUCUUCCACUCAACAACACACAAAGGGCUAGAAGGUCAUUACCAUCUCCUCCUGGUUCUACUGGUAGCCCUUUGCAUAAUCUCCAUUGUUGCAGGGGCCAUAAUGCCCACAAGCUUUCCUGCUGAUCUGUGUGGUGGCAUUGCUGUGACCCUUCAAGGGCUAUGGUUUUAUCAGACUGCAUUCACACUCUAUGGGCCCAUGAUGCCAGCUGGAUGUAAGCUGGAAGCAAAUGAGGUGUCAUGUUUGCAUCAUGAUCAUGAGGUUCGUGGACAGGUGCUGGCUAAUUUACAGAUGUUUGGGCUUGUUUUCUUGGUUCUUUCUGGUGUGGUGGGGUCGUAUAUUUUUGCAGAUAAAAAAUGUGGGAAGCCUGAGUUUAGGAUGCUUCAUAUUACACCUGAUGAGGGGUUUCAUGAGCAGUUAUAAUGGAGGUGUUAGAGUUUUGUCUUUUUUUGAAGUAGCAGAGUACUUGGCAUAAAGUAGUUAAUUUUGUACUUUCUUUCUGUAUUUUAAAUUCGAUUGAAUUGAAUUGAUAUGGUGUUUGGUUAGAUGGAGGUAGAGCUGGAAUUGAAAUAACUAUACGUAUGCAUGCACACAUUUCAUUAUUCAUCAUUUGGAUGUUUUGGCU